AAAAAACACCUUGCAAGUAGCAUGCAGCAGCCGGCCACGACACUGAAACGAUAAUGCGGGGUUUGCUAGCGACCCUGUGAGUAGUAACGUGGAUAUCUGAGCAGGAAAGAGACGAGUGGAGUUUGUUAGACUGAGCCAGUAUGACGAUGUGACAACGCGGCGCGUCUCUGCGGUGUUGUGAAGCGGUGCGUGCCCCCGGGGUCGGCAGCAGGUGGAGGAGGCCAGGAGGGCCUGAGCUCUGUUGUCGGCGGCUGUCGCUGUCCGCGAUGGAGACCUGGACCCCCAAUCCCAGAGCUAAGCCGUUCAUCCCCCGCCAACAGAGAAGCCUGUACCUCACCUGGAAAUACAAGCUAACCAACAAGAGGACGAUCCGUCGGUUCUGUCAGGCUGGAGCUAUGCUGUUUCUGUUGAUAACCGUGAUAGUCAACAUCAAACUCAUCUUGGACACAAGAAGAGUAGCUGAUGAAGAUGCAGCAGCUCAAGAACAUGAGGACCCAAUACCCAACAUGGAGACCCCACGGAAGCCGGCCAAUGGACGCAAGGUCCUGGACAUCGAGGUGUACUCCAGCCGCUCCAAGGUCUACGUGGCGGUGGACGGCACCACAGUGUUGGAGGAUGAUAUGCGGGAGCAGGGCAGAGGCAUCCAUGUGAUCGUUCUCAACCAGGCAACUGGUCAUGUGAUGGCCAAGAGGAUAUUCGACACCUAUUCUCCCCACGAGGACGAUGCCAUGAUCCUCUUCCUCAACAUGGUGACCCGGGGCCGAGUCCUCAUCUUCACCAUAAAGGAUGAGGGCACCUUCCACCUGAAAGAUGCUGCUAAGAACCUUUUGAAGAGUCUCGGCAGCCAGGUGUCCCUCAACCUCAACUGGAGGGACAUGUGGACUCUAGUGGUGAAAAAAGGAGGCCAGGUGUAUGGAGAAAAGCACACAAAGUCUCCCGCUCUGUCCACCUGGGGAGACCCGGUGCUUCUAAAGACUGAGGUGCAGCUCACCGCUUCUGAAGAGGCGGAGUGCCACUGGCCAGACAACGAGCUCAACAGGAGGAGGAAGCUCUUUUGUAGUAAAGUGGAAGGCUACGGGAGCAUCUGCGGCUGCAAAGACCCGGCGACCAUCGAGUUCAACCCCGACCCUCUACCCAACAAUAAUGUCUUUAAUGUCCCCGUGGCCGUGAUAGCAGGGAACAGACCAAACUAUCUUUACAGGAUGCUGAGGUCUCUUCUUUCAGCUCACGGCGUCAACCCUCAGAUGAUCACCGUCUUCAUCGAUGGAUAUUAUGAGGAGCCGAUGGAUGUCGUAGAGCUGUUUGGACUGAAGGGAGUUCAGCACACACCCAUCAGCAUAAAGAAUGCCAGAGUGUCCCAGCACUACAAGGCGAGUCUAACUGCAACCUUCAACCUUCACCCAGAGGCCAACUUUGCCAUCGUCAUAGAGGAAGACUUGGAUAUCUCCAUCGACUUCUUUAGUUUCCUGAGUCAGACCCUCCACCUGUUGGAGGAGGACGACAGCUUGUACUGUAUUUCAGCCUGGAACGACCAGGGCUACGAGCACACCGCGGAGGACCCGGCCCUGCUGUACAGAGUGGAGAGUAUGCCCGGCCUGGGCUGGGUGCUGAAGAAGAGCCUCUACAAGGACGAACUGGAGCCAAAGUGGCCGACGCCUGAGAAGCUGUGGGACUGGGACAUGUGGAUGCGAAUGCCCGAGCAGAGGAAAGGCCGAGAGUGCGUCAUCCCCGACGUGUCCCGCUCCUACCAUUUUGGCAUCAUCGGCCUCAACAUGAACGGCUAUUUUCAUGAGGUAUAUUUCAAGAAACAUAAGUUCAACACAGUUCCCAAUGUGCAGCUGACGAAUGUGGACAGUUUAAAGCAGGAUGCUUAUGAAGUGGAGAUCCAAAACCUGUUUAAGGAAGCGGAGGUACUGGACCACACAAAGAACCCGUGUGAGGAUUCCUUCCUGCCGGACUCCGAAGGGAAGACCUACGUCAUGUUCAUUAAGAUGGAGACAGAGACAGACACCUCCACCUGGACAGAACUCGCCAAGUGCCUCCAUGUUUGGGACCUGGAUGUCCGGGGAUACCACAGAGGCCUGUGGCGGCUCUUCAGAAAAAGGAAUCACGUCCUGGUGGUGGCAGCGCCAAUCUCCCCGUACUCUGUGAAGAAACCAGCCAGUGUCACUCCCAUUCACUUAGAGCCUCUGCCCAAAGAAGAGGGAGCACCGGUGGAGCAGAUGUAGACCUGAUGUUACAGACACACACACACACACACACACACAUACUUCAACCAGGCCUUAACUCUCUUCACCAACAACCACUAGUGAUCCCACCUGGGAUUCAUAAGGACAACGCCGUUUGGACUUUCCUUUGAUGUGAACUUGAGUACAAGAGGAUAGCUGGGAAAUGAAGUCCCUAUCUUGAUUAACAAACAAAAUGCACUGUUUUAUCCGUCCAACAGCUUGACACGAAGCGAUGAUAUUGAUGCUAACUAGUUUUGAUUAAACGUAAGUGACCGACUGAAACCGUAUAUGACUGUCAACAGCUGUGUUUAUUUUUGUUUCUACCACAACUGUUGGCUGAUCUGCGGUCUCAAAAAUUUAAAUUCGACCUGUGACUUUUUAACAAGUACUCCACAGAUGACAUGGACACACUGACGCCACCAGAUGGACCGUUUUUCUCAGUUAGAUGUGUUUAACUACUGAGAGCCUUGUUCAUUUUUUUACAUGUAUUUUAACUUAUCUCUAUUUAUUUUACAUUUAUCAAUCGAAACAGGCAUUCAAUGGUUUUAUGGCUUUUACAUUUUCUUUUUUUAGAUCCAAUUUCCUCAAGAUCAGUGCAUUUCUAACAGAUGUUUACAGUUAAUAAAAUAAUAAUGUACAUAUAAACCUAUAUAUUUUUUAAUAGAAAAUGUAAAGGGUCAGAAUAUUUUCCAGCAUUUAUAAGAGUUCAUGAAAGCCCUGUGGGUUUUUGCUAUUACUCGAUAUUGGCUGAAAGAGACAAAAAUAUGAUAUUUAGAAACACUCUUCAAUUUGAAACAAUGUAACGCAUCAUGCUGACUUGAUUGUACCAUGCUUUUGUCCAAAGGCAUCAUUUUUUAUAUUUUAUCAAAAGGUUCCUUUACAAUUUUGAUCUCACACUCAAAACUUAUUUUUUGUUUAUUUUUGCUUUAUUUUUGUAUAUGAGGAAUUGAUUAUGCAGUUCUUCGCAUAUUUAAACAGUUUUCCCAACUGUUAAUAAUCUUGUUUGAGACAAGAUCUGAAUCUUUUAAUAAGAUACAAAGUCUCAGUCAAAAUAUCUUGUAUAUUUUUUUUAAGCAUUCAUUGUGUGUGGUGCAAUUGAGAUCAAACCACAAAAUAAGCUAUACUUUUACACCUCUGCAGUUUAUCAAAAAAGGUUUGAAACGCUAAUGAAAUCAAAACACUGAUGGGUUUAUUAACACCUAAGUGGUUAAAAACACCAAUGUAGCUAUAAUCUAAAAGGGCAUUUUUUUUAAAUCAACAGUAUUGAGGCGUAUUUCUGACAUAUCGUGAGCUGGUGUAAAACAAAUGUCAAAAAUAUAUAUUGGUGGUUGUGUGCUAUGAUAGCUGGUUUGUCUCCUACCAAUACCUGCUCUUCGAUGUCUGUUAACUGUCAUUUAAAACAAUGACGCUGUUAAUAAUUAACAAUUGUCCCCAAACUGUUUGAUCCUACUUUCAAAUAAUCGGUCAACAGUUCGUGCUGGAUUUUCUUUUCAGGAUCAUUUUUUUUCCUUCCCUGAAAAGUGAGAAUUUUGAUGCUUUACUGACCAUUUCCAGCUGUUGACAUUAUGAAACACUUGUUGAAGCACUUUAAGCUUAUACGUAUUUAAAAAUUGCUGAUGGGAUUUUGGAGGUUUCAUAAUCAGCAUUUCUAAAACACCAUCUGGUUUGGUUUUGGAAUUCCUACUCCAAUGCUGCAUUUUUAUUUGGUCUUUUCAUUAACCUGUGUUAUAUUGGCAGUUUGUGUGCAUCUCUCUGACAAUUACAAUAAUUUUCUCCUCAGCCGGACAAUUAAUUUAAAGUGUUUUGCUGUGAUCAAGUUUUCUCUUUGAGGUCAUACCCAACUAUAUGUUUUAAUAAUUCAUACAGGAGGAAUUUUUAUUGGUGCAUAUUAUUCAUGGCAUAAAGUCGGUGCUGUUGUUAUUCUUGGCUCUGAUUGUUGUACUUGUGUGGCCUCUCGCUGCCUGCAGAUUUCCCCAGAGAGCUCCAGGCAGCAUGCGGUGAGGGAAAUGUAUGCAAAUCCUCUGGGCUCAUUGGAUUUCUGCAGCCAUUGCGGUCCACCAAGGACAAAUAUGGCUUUCUGUCCUUUUGAGCUCUGACUUUCAUAACCUGUGAUCUAAUAAAGCGGGAUAGAUUUGCCUCUAAUCAAGGGCUGCUGCACAUAAAGUCCUAUUUUUGGAAUUCACCUUUGCCUGUAGAAUCUUUAAUCUUAAGACCUGAUGCUCGGGAAUUUCUAAGGGUUUCUCUCCCACCUUCAAAGCAGCAUUUCGUUUCCAUUUGUUUCAAUGCUUUUGAAAGUCAGCUUGAAACUUGAGUUUAGUAAUCUGUUACGCUUACCAUGUUGACUAAUACUAAUGUCAAAUUCAUGGUAUUGUUUGGUAAUUGCCGGCAGAGUUGUGCAAAUUCUAUCCUUGUGGAAAGUUGAAGUGUAUUUGUAUAUAAUCUUCCCUUUCCUCUUCUACAAAACUAAACUCGUGGUUAAAAGUCA